AUGAUUCCAAAAAUUGGUGAGUUUUACAUCGUUAGGAUACAUAUUGUAAAACUCAAAAAGAAAGAGACCAAACUUAGUAGUAGAUUGCUUGAAGGAAAGGCACCAGAUGCUGACUUAGAUCCAUAUGCGCCUUAUGUUGACUGGUUCAAAUGGGAUGGUGCUAAACAUCCCCUUUCAAAUGCACCUGAACCCAAGAGACGCUUCACUCGUUCAAAGAGCGAAGAUAAAAUGGUUGUUCGCUAUUGUCGGGCUAUUCGUAAGGGGUUGAUUAAAUUUGAUGAGCCUAAAGAAGAACCAUCUGUCUACCUCUUGUGGGGAGAUGAAUCCAACUCUAACGAAAAGUCUGGGCAUUUAGCUUAUAUUCCUGCGCCGAAGCCGAAAUUGCCAGGGGAUGCUCAACCAGUGAAAUGGGCCAUGAGAUUGAGGGUGGCUUUGCAUCUGACACAAGCUCUGGAGUACUGUAGCAGCAAAGGGCGUGCAUUGUAUCACAAUCUCAAUGCCUACAGGGUUUUAUUUGAUCAGGAGACCAACUAUGUUCCGAUUACGAGAGGAAACAGAGUUGUCCUAAUGAUUAACGGUUUAGGUGCCACUCCUGUGAUGGAACUGAUGAUUGCUUCUGGAAAAGCAGUACCAAAGUUGCAACUGGAGCAUGGACUGGCGGUUGAUAGAGUGUAUACAGGAUCAUUUAUGACUUCUCUUGAUAUGGCAGGUUUCUCGAUUUCCAUCAUGAAAGCGGAUCAAGCUAUUUUGCAACUUUUGGAUGCUCCAACUAAAGCUCCAGCUUGGCCUGUUGGUGUUGACGGUAGUCAUCCACCACCCAAGAUUCCUGUUCCAGUCCCUCCAUCUCAUUCUACAAAGAGUGAUGAGGAACUUGUUACUGCUUGGGUUGUCAUCUUGGCUUGCCUUGUCCAUGGGUUUGUUAUAGUCUUAGUUGGUAGUGAAGCUCAUGCAAUAACUCUGGCUGUUGAGGGUUUGUUAGGAGUUGUGUUUACAGUGGCUGCAUUAAUAGAUGAAGCAAUGAAUGUUGGUGAGGUCUUUGUUAAUUUUUAA